AUUUACUCUUAUUUCUUGCAGCUAUUUCCUUUUCGCUCUUUGUUUGAUUAUUUGAUUCUUCGUGACUUGUUUCCUCCAGAUUUUUCAGGAUGCCUCUUAGUCGAGUGGAAGAUGCAUGCGCUGCUAUGGCUUUUACCCGAUCAAAGCUUCGUAGGGAUGAAGUCUUAGAUAUCUAUUUUAAGUAUAGCUUUCCUUUUGAUUAUAGGGUAAUAUUACCCGGUGCCGAUAUGGCUGCGUCCGAUUCUCCAGGAUCUUCUUGUAGGGCGGUUCUCUUCGAAGAGCAAUUUUCUGCUGGUCUUAGGUUUCCUUUAGAUUCAUUUUUAGUAGAAGUGUGUAGGGAUUUAAAGGUUGCUCUGGGGCAACUUUACCCUGGUACGAUUAAAGUAGUGCUCGCCUUUUCGGAGGCAUGUAGGCUCCGGGGCUGUGCCCCUUCUCUCAAAGUGUUAUAUCAUUUUGUAGACUUUAGGAAGUGUGAUGGUUGCUUCGUUUUCGCCCUUGGAAGGGAAGGGCGAUCUCGUAUUUAUCUUCCUUGCCUAACCAGUCGCUGGCGAAGGCGUUUCUUUAUUGUUUACCAUAAAUUUGCUUUUCUUCAUUUUUCGGAUGGUUUUUCUUCUCAUCAAGUUCGGAGCUGUCCGUCUCCUUUAAGUUUAUCCGAGUCAAAACUUGCUUUUGACAUAUCUUCCUGUAGUAUUGUAUCGCGUCCCAUUCUAGAUGUCUUGGUCAAUAGUCAUCUUCGGAGUCGAUGGUUUCCUUUGGAGGAUCCUCCUCGAGGCUUGGCGGAUCUUUGCUACUCUUUUGUUCAAGGUAUAUUAAUUUGCUUAAGUUCUUUUUAAUGUUUCUUUUGUAGGAUGUCUUCUUCUUCUGACGAUUUCCUUUCCGGAUUUCAAGUAGAUUUGGACGUUCCGAUGGGUGGUCCUGACGUUCCU